AUGGAGGAAGAGGCUCUGGUACGAGGGGCGGGUAUGGCGGGUGGUUCCAGAGGGGGAGUACCAGGAGAUUUGAUCUUCCGGGGCCCUGCAUCUGUAGACCAACGUCUCGCUACCUUGGAUCAGCUAGUCACUUCCUUCAACAAACUCACCUUCAACCCUGAGCGCCCUCACCGGCCUGGCUUUGGUACCCUUGGCUAUCCAAUCACAUUGCGUGCCAAUUUCUUUCCCGUCAAACUUCCCAAAGGGCCCAUUUACGAUUACCAUCUCGAGAUCACGCCGUCCACAGACAUUAAGCGCAUUCGUGCACAAGGCUGGAAAGAAUUUUUGCCCCAGAAGCUUGUUUCGAACAAGAGGUUGCCCCAGCCCCUUGACGUGCAAGUCCAGUAUUACGAGGACGGAGAAGCUGGCCCCAAUGCUAGAUCCAAGACGUAUACUUUCGCCAUUAUCCACACAGCUGACUUGGAUGUCACACGGCUUACCAAGUACCUCAGCGGCGAUAUCGAGUCACGAGACUACGAAGUCCAGCCACUGGUAGCUGCCGUGAACCUCGUACUUCAAACGCAUGCGGCGCGUACCGGUGUUCGCGUCGGCAAGAAUCGCUACUUCUUCCCCUCGCAAGAGCGCUUUGAGCUUGCGCUUGGCAUAGACGCCGUGAAAGGCUUCUUCACGUCCGCCAGACCUGCAUAUAAUGAACUCAUGGUGAACGUCGGUGUCUGUAUGACUGCCUUCUACAAGCCGGGCAACCUUGCCGACGCCAUCCGGUUUACCCAGAAGCUCAAAGUGACCACUAGACAUCUAGGGUACAAGCAAAAGAAACCGAUCAAGAAGAUCAUGUCAACGAGUGCUAGACGGACUUUUUUCCACUGCGAAGAAUACCAUGGCAAAAUAUCUUACCCCCACAUUACGCUGAGGCAUGCAGACGACCUUCCAGUCGUUGAUAUCUCAGAAACCUCGAACAUGAUUCGGUUCGCCUGCAAUCCGCCAAAAGUCAAUGCAGAUGCCAUCAUUGAACGCGGUCUUCCCACUCUUGGGUUUACUCCCGAGACGCUGGGCAGUCCUCUGAGUGGCUUCGGCAUUGCGGUGGACAAUAACAUGGCGGUCAUCCCUGGACGUGAACUUCCCCGCCUCGUCUCAGCUACGGAGGGGGGAGGCCGCCUAACGUCAACAACGGCAGUUGGAACAUUGUUGACGUCAAAGUUUCAUAACGGCGGGGCCAUCAAGAGCUGGUGGGUGCUUGUCGUCAGAGAGAAAGAUGGACGAAGCGUGUUCAGCGGGGCCGACGACCCGAUUCUGACUGAUCUUUGGAGGGGCUUUGGCGAGAAAUGCCGCAAUAGUGGCAUCUCCCUGGGAUCACAACCUGUCAAGCUUGCCCAAUCGCUCAUCCCUCGCGCCGAUGAUCCUGGCAGGCAGCAGGCGCUAGACUCGAUUCAGGAAAACCCGUCAUUCAUCCUCGCAAUCAAACGGAUUUGCGACGUCGAGGUUGGCGUCCAUACCAUACAUAUGCUUACGGAUAAGGUGGUAGGAAAGGACGCCAAUAAACAAGAUCAAUACUUCUCGAAUGUCGCUCUCAAGUUGAACACGAAACUCGGAGGUAUCAAUCAUGUGUUGGAUUCGGACAGCUUGAAAUGGUUGACGAAGGCUAAGACGAUGGUUGUGGGCAUGGACGUUACGCACCCCGGCCCUGGCAGUGUUGAAGGCACACCGUCGAUUGCCGCUGUUGUUGCGAGCAUUGAUAGUUCUUUCGUCCAAUUCCCAGCAAGUCUCAGGUGUCAGGAGACCAAGAAAGAGAUGAUCACGGAUCUGACCUCUAUGAUGAUAGAUCGGCUCAUGUUCUACGCAGAGAAGAACCAACCCUGCCGGAUCGAUCCGCUGUUGACGAUUAUCAUUUGUGGAAAGCGACACCAUGCCAAGUUUUGGCCGACCGACUCUCAGUUCGCGGAUCGGAACGGCAUCACUGCAGUGUUCGACUUCGAUUUUUACCUUCAAGCUCAUGCUGGCUUGCAAGGCCACGUGAAGGCAACACACUACACUGUAGUGUACGACGAGAAUCGCCUCGGCGCAAAUGAACUGCAGCAGGGUACGCACACUGCGAGUUACUUGUACGCCCGUGCCACCAAGGCGGUCAGUCUCGUACCGGCCGCGUACUAUGCCGAUCUGGCAUGUGAGAGAGGAAGAUGUUUACUUGAACGACUUCUUGAGCGCUGAUGACAAGGUGUCAAGCUCUGUCGUAUCAGGGAAAGGAAGGGGGAAGGGAAAGGCAGACAAGGAGGAAGAGAAGUUACGGGUGUUUGCAGAGGCGAAAGAAGGCAUGGGGAGAGGGCGUGCACCCUGAUUUGCGGGCGAGCAUGUUUUAUAUCUGACCAUGAAUAUUGAUGGGGGCUAUUGCGAGUUGUACCAGACUACCAGUACUGUACUUCAAGUUUGUAUU